UAGAGAGUUUGUUAUUAAUUACUUUCAAUCACUGUUAAUUUUUAUUGUUUAGGAACAAUUGUCUAAGUUGCACAACUUUUCUGCUAAGAGGGAUACUCUUCUAAAAGCAUUUUAUGGUUGUUAAAGUUUCAGAUAAAUCUUAUUUGAGUUUGUUCUUCAGGUUUGUGCAAAUGCGUUAAGCUUACACACUCACGCAUGUUUGACUGAAUGAGUAGGUUGCUUUCUGUAAAUUUUGCAUCCCAACAGGUAAUAUUUUAAUCUAUUGAGAGAAGUCAGCAUUGUCUUCAAUAGGACUUCUUGAGACAAGUCUCUGUUUUGGGUGUAUUUGGAGAUGCAAAAUGGAGACAAAACAAAGUGUGUCAGAGUUUCGAGAGAGGCUGGAUAUAACACUCGCAUCUCAGAAUCUUGCAAAUGAGGAACAUAUUAAGAACCUUGUUAAGAAACAACUUCAACGCUCGUCGCCACAGGGUGAGAGUCAGGAACCCACUGAGAAUAUUGUAGAAAAAAGAACCAAGGAAGCGUUAAACUUCCUCGAUAUGCUGAGGAGUACUUCCCAAAAUGACAGUAAUGUGUCAAAAACUCAUGAAAAAUCGCAUGCUGUUUGGAAGUUAAAAGAAGACAAUGAAGAAUUCCGUGUUAUGUAUCGAGAAGGCCCCCAAGGCACUCCCUUUCAUAUGCUACUUGUAGAAGGCUUUGUUGACGCUCCUGUUGAUGUUUGUUUAUGUGUUUCAUGGCAGUCAUCCCUUUAUAAAAAAUGGUGGCCACAGUUUAGUAUUCCGACUUUCAAAAUUACCACAUCCAAAUGUUUGCAAAAGGUUCGAAUUGGUGAACAGAUAUGUUUAGUGAGGAUGAAGUUUUCAUGGCCGCUGUCAGCUAGAGAGGCUGUUAUGCACUUUUUGGAGUUGGAGUUUUUUGAAGAUGAUCUUGUCAUUGUGCUCAUGAACUCGAUAUCAGACUUACAGAAUAUUGAUAUAAGUACACAUGGGUUCACCAAUGAAGGGAUACCUGAAGAAAAGGAUGUGGUACGAAUAGAUGUUGUUGGAGGCUUUGCUUUACAAAAGUUGUCCUCAAAUAGAAGUUACUUUCGGACACUAGCAACUAUGGAUAUCAAAUUGGAGUUCGUUCCUCCAGCACUAAUUAACUUUGUCUCGAGGCAGCUUAUUGGCAGCGGUUACAAACUCUACAAAAAGAUAGUUACUUCUGCAGCCGGGGGUGAUGAGGAUUUCAGAAAGGCCUUGGAAGAGGACCCCCUCUAUACUCGGAUACGGGAAGGUUUAAACCCUCACAAUAAACUCCAGAAGGCCCUGGAACCAGGAAGUGAGAAUUUUACUUUUCUUAUCCCUGAAGAACUUGCAAACAGAACUCCACUGGCUAAUGAAUCAGUUAAUGGCCAAGUGUCCCUCAGUAUUGACCUUGCAAGUGAAGCUCUGCCAGCUGAUCCGCUGGUUACUUAUCAGACAUGUCAUGGAGAAAUAGAGGAAGUGAUCGAAGAAGACAAACACUUAGAGACGAGUAGCAAAGGCAUGGAUUACUCUCCAACCAAUCUUUUUGCAGAACAGUGUCAUGUCAACAAGGAAAAGAAGGUUUUUGUCAGUCCUGAGGUGGAAAAUGCUCUAGGCAUACUAAAUGAGGCCAUAUCUAUGGUUCUAGAGGGUGGAUUUUGUCAACAAAAAUUUUCUCCUGGUUCCACUAAUCAUGAGUCUCCAAAUCUUGGAGGAGUUGUGAAGGAAGGCUCCUUUUCUACAGAAGAUGGUGCCCUUCCUGUAGGUGAAGUCUGUGUCGAGGCACCAAAAGUGGAUAACAUGAAUAGUCCAUUAGAUGAAGCAGGUGAUGUCGCUGGCCUUCUUAAUACCAGGGAAACCAGACCAGAAUCUCCAAUAAAAGAACUGAUCCAGAGCCAGAUAAUACCAGUAUGUUCAGAACAAAAUUUCCCAAUUUCAAGCAAAUCUCAGAAGGUUAUGUUGACUUCUCAAAAUGGGACUACACCAAAAGCGCCAGUGUUGGAGAACAUGAUGAACGGUAAUAAGGAAGUUAAUGUCGAAGCAAAUGGCACACUUGCAAGUUGGGAAGGUAAGAGAGAGAAGUUGCAGCAACGAAAGAAGAAACAAUGGAUCUGUUGCUUACACUAAGGUCCAAGCUAA